CGCCGCAUUGGACGUUCGAUUUGGUGGACGACGAGACACACGAGCACACGGUAUUGACAUCCCCCAUCGACGCCCACAUCAUCUUCGCCGAUAUGUCGCUCGCUCCUUCCUACGCCGCGCGCGCCUGCCGCCAAUGUAUCCGAUCUUCGUCCCGAUUCGCAGCCAGCACAAUCCCACAACGGACACAGCAAAGGAGAUGGCAGUCAACGGAAUCCGCUGCUGCUCCCGAGAACGCAAAGAUUGCCAGCAUCGUAGACCAGAUUAGCCAAUUGACGCUUCUUGAGACGGCAGACCUUGUAUCGACGCUGAAGUCACGAUUAAAUAUCCCUGACAUGCCAAUUGGUGGCUUUGCUGCUGCUGGACCUGCAGGCGGAGCUCCUGCCGCGGCAGCAGCAGAGGAGCCCGAAGAGGCUGCUCCCGCGAAGGAAGAGAAGACAUUGUUCAAUUUGAAGCUGGAAUCAUUCGACGCGGCCGCGAAGCCAAAGAUCAUCAAGGAGGUCAAGGCAAUGCUCGGCUUGAGCUUGGUAGAUUCAAAGAAGUUCGUGGAGAGUGCGCCAAAGAUGAUGAAGGAGGGUGUGCCAAAGGAGGAGGCUGAGAAGAUUAUCGAGACACUGAAGGCGCUGGGUGGUGUGGUGAAGAUGGAGUAGAGGGACUUGGACGACUUUGUGGCAAUACUUGCGAUGUAUGAUGGGCUCAAAAGCAUCGGAAAAGGCGCUGUUCUGCAUGAGCUGGGUUGCGGACAUACAGGAAGAUAUCAUUGUACAGUAUACGAGCGUACCUGGGCGCCAGAGCUGAGCACUAGACUGGGAGCGCCGCUCUAUCAGCCACAUGACUACUGCUUGAAAUCGAAUGAGCGCAAUUGCUUCGUCUUCAGAGAAGCACAAGUACCGCAGACCAGCCUCACACCACCAACAAACAGCGCCACAGUAGAGGAAAGGGCGAAGCGAUGCGCGGACUGCGAAGGAAACAGGAGGUGUAUAGACAUUUCACCGCGGCACAUACUCCUCUCGACGUUGUCCAAGCAUGCAGUUCUGUUGAAACUUACCGAAGCC